AUGCGUUUCCCACUAGAUUUUAGCACGAUGCUAUCGCGGAGACGACGAAGCGAACAGCAACAGAGCACAGGACUCUCAAAGCGCCAGGUUCACGGUGAUAGAACACCAGAACAGAUCGACAGAUGGUGCAAAUCCACAUCCUUGACGAAAAAUGGUGACGAAAUUAUGUUUCCCAACCAGGGCGAUACUUGGCAUGUCGGGGAAACACAGGGCUUUGGUUGGACAGGCGGUAUUCAUAUCGACGAUAAUCAGAGCCAGACCUUCAGCCUGGAGAUAAGGACACUUGACUCGGAUAAUGAUUCUCAAGCUGUUCAAAUAUUUGCCAACGAAACCUUCAACUAUCCUUCCUCCAGCUGGCAAGUCUGGAACAAAGAAUGUCCAGACACAUAUAUCUCAUACUACUGGAAGAUACCCAAAGACUUUGAAACCGGAGAUACGAAAUUCGUGGCGAGGCUUCUCAAUACGACAGAUCCGGAUAAUACAAAUACUCUGACGAGUAGUUUCUUUUACAUCAACUCGAAACCCGUUGAUGUGUCUAUAGAGGCCUCUGUAGCAAGUCCAUCUGCGGAACCUGCAGCAGUCACCUCAUCUAUAGCAUACGCCACUUCAGCUCCGGCACCAACCGCCACAAUUGAAGCGGCAGCCAGCGACCAAACUACAGCAGUAGAAUCACAGGAUGGACUUUCCGUUCAGGCAAAAGCAGGCAUUGGCGCCGGCGCCGGUAUAUUGGGCCUCAUGAUUCUCCUGGCCGGCCUGCUUUUCUACUGUCACAGAAAGCGCCAAAAGAGAGGCAUAUCAGGCAAGAGCUUUGUUACGCCACCUCUGGAAAUAAGGACGGCGAGACCGCGCAUUUCAGAAGGAGGCAACAGUGAGAUGCAGCGUGAAAGAGCGAGAGAAAUGGAAGAUGUCCCUGGAAGUCCUUUAUACAGGACGGACACAGAGCGGAAUGAUCAUCGACGGAGUAUCAGGAUAGUAUACGAACCCAAUCUGGAUCCCAUCGGGUUGCCGGCCGACGUUUCGAUGUGGUCGCCCAAGAGUUCACAGGAUGAACUGAAAAGAUAA